AUGGAGCGAUUGGCGAGACGCGCGCCGGGGGGGGAGAGGGGAGAAAACGGGCGUGAUCGCGCGGUGAGCGCGGAGACGUUGUACAGGGCGACGGUUCGGGACGCGCGGCGGCGAGACGACGGCUAUUGGCGCGCCGACGACGAUUUACGCGGAUGGGCGCGAUUGAUGGGGGAAGAAGAUGACGAUACUGAUGGUGCGACGGCGACGACGGGGGGUGGGGGGCGACGGAGCGCGUAUCGGCGAGGGGACGCGCGGCCGUGGGAGCUCGCGCGAUGGCGACGGGAGGAUGAAAAGAACGCGGCGCGGAUCGAUUCGACGCAUCGACGGUCUUCGUACGGCGACGACGGUGGAUUGAAUGAUGCGCUCGAUGCGUCCGCGACUGGGUUUGCCCGCGUGGGGAUUCCCGCGCAUCUCGCGGACGCGGCUCGGUCCGCGGGGUUGCGACGAACGACGGAGAUUCAGCGAUUGGCGACGCCGCCGUUGAUGGAAGGCAAGAACGUGGCGAUAUUGGCUGAGACGGGGAGCGGGAAGACGUUCGCGUACCUGUUACCCACGAUGGCGUCCGUGAGUGCGCCGGGGAGGAAGGGAUCGAAGCGAAGUGGACGAUGCUGCCCGGCGUGCGUCGUCUUGGUUCCGAGCGUCGAGCUCGGGAGGCAAGUCACGCACGCCGCGGAGCUCGCGGCGUUUUGGUGCACGAUGAGUGACGACGCGAUCAAGAGUGGAUAUUACACACCAAACGUGUUCGCGUUGCUCGGCAAGGAGAAGAAACUGGUCAGACCGGCGCCCAAGGGGGUGAAGAAGACGUCGUCGAAGACGAAGGGUAUGAAGAAAUCCGCAUUGGCGACAACCGCGAACAAGUCCAAGCUUCAAGGCGACGAGGAGGCGAUUCCGGAGUUUCGAAACGCCGAUGUCUUAGUGUGUACGCCCGCGCGAUUGCUAAAACUCAUCAAGGAUGAGUGGGUGUUGCUCGGACGAUUGCGUCACGUCGUCGUGGACGAGGCGGAUGAAAUGUUAUCGAGCGGUUUCGCGAGCGACGUCGGGGAGAUCAUCAAACUCUCCUACGGCGAGAAUGGGAUCAACCGAUUCGACACCAAGGUUCAGUACAUAUUUGCCGCUGCGACGAUGCGCGAGGCCCAACCUCUUUUGGAGACGUUUCCGGGUGAGGUUGAGUGGGUGUCCACCGCGCGGUUCGGUCGCGUGCAUCCGCAGCUCGACGUGCGCGUCGACGACGUUCGAGGGGACGACGCAAAGUUCGAAUCCCUGUGCGACGCUUUGAAUCGUCACAAGGCGUAUAAAACACUAAUCUUCGCCAACUCACCCGAGGAUGCGGACGAGCUCGUGGGGAAAUUGGACGCCCGCGACGUCGUCGCGCUCGCGUUUCACGGCAGAGCGAAGGAACGGGGCGUGGUGUUGGACGAUUUCAUCGCAGGAGAUCUCAAAGUUUGCGUCUGCACCGAUCUCGCCGCUCGUGGAAUCGACUUUCCAGACUUACAUCACGUCGCGCAGUACGGCGCGGCGCCGUCGAUGGAGAUGUUUUUACACCGGUGCGGAAGAACGGCGCGCACGGGUCAACGCGGUCCGUUCCACGUCACGUGCGUCGUCGACCUGGACGCCGAAACCGUGGACGAGGACGUGAGGAGCGAGCUCGAAUCGCAUCGAUGA